GCAAUCUUCGUCAAAUAUUUUUGCGCGAACUCUGUGGCGUAGAGAAACUUCUGUGCUUUGCCUAGUUUCGUGACUUGAUAAGCUUCUGCCUAGACUUAACAAUUUAACUUGAACAGUUGGAAAAAGCCAGGUCCACAACAGAGAUGGAUGAAUACGACGAGAUGUACGGGAUUGAGGACGAAUUCGAGCAGCAGUUUGCCGACGAGUUGGAGAUGCUGGCUGAGUGGGAAGUUGAACCCCCCACCGUGCCAAAAGUCUCUGAGUUUCGUGACAAUAAGCCCCUGCAGUCCUUUGAGGAGGCCAUCGCCGCCGGAGACGCAGCGCUACCAAGGAGAUCUGUUGCCAGGCAACAGGAGGAGACGGCUGAUGUCUCCAACAGCCCAUUGCCAGGGAUGGAAGGGGAGCCCCUGACCCCUCUGCCCAAGAGAAGGAAGUAUGAUGUGGCAAAGAAACUCCAUUUUAAUUCGGCGCAUGUUGAUGACAUCACUCCCCCAUCUUCUCCCGAGGCUUAUGAGAGCGAUAGGCUUCCGCCCUCCCUGAGGCUCUCCCCUGAUAGGCUCCCUCCUGAUAGGCUCCCUGUCGCCACGGCGCCCAGCGCGUUGGACAUCAGCGGUAUGGGAGCGCUACAGGAGACGCCGAGGCGGGUUGCCGUGGAGAAGAGGCGUGUCCUCCGGCGUCCCCCGGCAACAGGAGAGUUCGUCACCGUCACAGAUUCUUCCGGAAAUAGAGUUUACCUGCGACAGAAAGAGGAAGUGGUAACUGUUGUCAAGGCAGUCCGGAACUCCCAGAGUUCCCUGGGUCUUCUGACUGUUCCAAUAGAAGUCCUGAUGGAACAGGUGGCAGAGAAGCGUCAUAGGAAGGUGGUGGAGGAAUCACUGAGGCUAACUGAGCUCCUGAGCAGUAAUGCUCAUCAGGAUCUGCUUGAUGAAGAUGAAGAUGAUAAUGAUGAUGAUGAUGAUGGUGGUGGUUCCUCCUCUCGGCUCUGGGUUGACCACUUCUCCCCUCGACAUUACACCGACCUGCUGAGUGAUGACUUCACCAACCGGUGCUUGCUAAAGUGGUUGAAGCUUUGGGACACAGUGGUUUUCGGGCGUGAAAGGAAGCCACGCCCCCUUGUGCAGGAUGCCAAAAACGCCAACCAAUCACAGAGCAACUUCAAGAACGCCAACCAAUCACAGAGCAACUUCAAGACCAAGAGCCAAAUUACAGAGGAGAUACUGGAGGCGGAGCUAGACCAGUACAAACGGCCCAAAUACAAGGUGGCGCUGUUGUCUGGACCUCCAGGGCUGGGGAAGACCACACUGGCCCACAUCAUUGCAAAGCAGGCUGGGUACAACGUGGUGGAAGUCAAUGCCAGUGACGACCGGAGUGCGGAGCUUUUCCAGAAGCGCAUCGACACGGCAACCCAGAUGAAGUCAGUCCUGGGAGCCAAUGAGAGGCCCAACUGUCUCGUGAUUGACGAGAUUGAUGGCGCCCCCUCGGCAGCCAUCAGUGUGCUUCUAGCGACCCUGCACAGGAAGGACAGUCGUGAGGAGGGAGAGGCGGGAACGAACGCACUGAAGAAGAAGAAGAAGAAAGAGAACGUCCUCCUCCGGCCAAUCAUCUGUAUCUGCAAUGACCUUUAUGUCCCAGCAUUGCGUCCACUGCGGCAGCAAGCUUUCCUAUUGGCCUUCCCUGCGACCCAACCGUCCCGCCUUACACAGAGACUAGCUGAGAUUUCUCGGUAUCAGGGCAUGAAAGCAGACACUGGCACCUUGAUGGCACUUUGUGAGAAAACUGACAAUGACAUCAGAGCCUGCAUCAACACCCUACAGUUCCUGCACCUCCGUGGCCAGAAGCAUCUGGACCAGAGGGCGGUGACCAGUGUGUGUGUCGGACAGAAGGACCAGAACAAGGGACUCUUCUACGCCUGGCAGGAGAUCUUCCAGCUGCCGCGCACCAAGAGGAAGCGGAUUGGUGCAGAUGCUUCUGGGGCCGGGGAGGAGGCGUGGCUUAACGAAGGAGCGCAGAGACUUCAGCACAUCCUGCACAUCGUGUCGUCUACUGGAGAGAACGAGAAACUCACACAGGGUCUGUAUGAUAACUUCCUGAACAUGAAGCUGAAGGACCCCAGCCUGCGGGGUGUGUGUGAGGGGCUGGAGUGGCUGUGCUACGUGGACGCGCUGGGCGACUGCAUGAUACACACCCAGAACUACUCUCUCCUCCGAUACACACCCUGCCUGCCUGCAGCCUUCCACCUGCUCUACGCACACACACACACACCCCGCAUCAUCUACCCGUCCAGCCACUACGAGGCCCUGACUCGUACUCAGCACAUGCGUAAUGCGGUGGUUGCCAUGUUGGCGGAGAUUCCCCCGGCGGUGAGGAGUCGGCUCGCCAUAACCUCUCUCUGCCUGGACAUGCUGAGCCUGCUGCUGGACCUCAUCUCACCCAAACUACGCCCAGUGAAUCCUCAGUUGUACAGCUCUCGUGAGAAGCAGCAGCUGUGUGAUCUGAUCGACACCAUGAUCAACUACAACCUGAGUUACAGACAGGAUCGCAAUCAAGAAGGACAAUACACAUACAUACUAGAGCCCAACGUGGAGGACGUGGUGCGGUUCCCAGGCCUUCCUCCGCGGCGGCAGCUGACCUAUCAGGUGAAGCAGCUCAUCGCCAGGGAAACGGAGCUGGAGCGAAUGAGAAGAGCUGACAGAGCGCAGCAGAGAAGAAACACACACAAGGUACACACACAAGUGAAGAAAGACGCACAGGAAGUGAAGAAAGACGCACAGGAAGUGAAGAGUCUCUCCACCAAGAACCAUCAGCAGCGGCUAGAGCACAUUGUCAAGCAGACUGUGGUGGAGAUCAGGCCGGAAGUGGACUUCUUCGGCCGUGUCAUGGUACCAAAACAGAAGCCAGCCACCACUUCAACAACAGCGGAGGGCACUAAAGUGGUUAUGCAAAUUGGCCGGGCGGUGGGGAACAGCGACGUGUGGUUCCGCUUCAAUGAGGGCGUGUCCAACGCUGUGAGGCGCAAUGUGUACAUCCGAGAGUUACUCUGAGUGUGUGUGUGUGUGUGUGUGUGUGUGUGUGUGUGUGUGUGUGUGUGUGUG